CGUGGGGGACCGCGGGGUGGACGAGAUGCCGGGGCCGCCGGCGUCGUCGCCCCCGCCGAUGCUGCUGCUCCUGCUCCUCACCAUCGGCAGUGCCCGGGCCGCGCCACUUCCGCAAACAGGUGCAGGGGAAGUACCUGUUGUAGAAGUUCCCUCCUUGUUUGUGAUCCUGUCGGUGUGCAGUUUAUUGAUACUGAUAGUGUUAAUUGCAAACUGUGUUUCCUGCUGUAAGGACCCAGAAAUAGACUUUAAGGAAUUUGAAGACAAUUUUGAUGAUGAGAUAGACUUCACCCCACCAGCAGAAGAUACUCCCUCUGUCCAGUCCCCAGCAGAGGUCUUCACGCUUUCAGUGCCAAACAUUUCACUUCCAGCUCCAUCCCAGUUCCAGUCGUCUGUGGAAGGUUUGAAGUCUCAAGUCGCCCGCCACAGUCUGAACUAUAUACAGGAGAUUGGGAAUGGCUGGUUUGGAAAGGUCCUCCUGGGAGAAACUUACACAGGCACCAGCGUCACGAGAGUCAUAGUGAAGGAGUUAAAAGUCAGUGCAAGCCCGAAAGAACAAGAUACUUUCCUGAAAAAUGGAGAGCCUUACUACAUUCUCCAGCAUCCAAAUGUCCUCCAGUGUGUCGGGCAGUGUGUGGAAGCCAUUCCCUACCUCCUGGUGUUUGAGUUCUGCGACCUGGGCGACCUGAAGGCUUACCUGCAUAGUGAGCAAGAACAUGUUCGGGGCGAUUCACAGACCAUGCUGCUGCAGAGGAUGGCAUGCGAGAUUGCUGCAGGGCUGGCAGCCAUGCACAAGCUGCACUUCUUGCACAGUGAUCUGGCCCUCCGGAAUUGUUAUCUUACCUCCGACUUAAAUGUCAAAGUGGGCGAUUAUGGAAUAGGCUUCAGCAGAUACAAGGAGGAUUACAUUGAGACAGAUGACAAAAAAAUUUUCCCCCUGCGAUGGACUGCUCCAGAAUUAGUGACCAGCUUUCAAGACAGACUCUUGACUGCAGAUCAGACUAAAUACAGUAAUAUCUGGUCCUUGGGUGUAACACUUUGGGAACUCUUCAACAAUGCUGCCCAGCCUUAUGCAAACCUUUCUGACCUGGAUGUCCUCAAUCAAGUCAUUAGAGAGAGGGACAUAAAACUCCCGAAGCCCCAGCUGGAGCAGCCUUACUCGGAUAGAUGGUAUGAAGUGUUACAGUUCUGCUGGCUGCCUCCAGACAAGAGGCCACCCGCAGAAGAUGUGCACCGCCUGCUCACUUACCUGCGGAUGCAGAGCCAGCGGGACUCAGAGGUAGACUUUGAACAGCAGUGGACUGCUCUCAAGCCUAACACCAAUAGCAGGGAUGCAUCAUCCAGUGCUGCCUUCCCCAUCCUUGACCACUUUGCCCGGGACCGGCUGGGUCGGGAGAUGGAGGAGGUCCUCACGGUGACUGAGACCAGCCAGGGCCUGAGCUUUGAAUAUGUGUGGGAGGCUGCUAAGCAUGACCACUUUGAUGAGCAAGGCCGGGGCCACCCAGAUGAAGCCUUGUCUUAUUCCAGUAUGUUCUUCCCCGUUGAAGUGUUUGAGAAUUCACUUUCAGAUCCUGGCCCUGGCAAGCAAGAUGACAGUGGCCAAGAGGUGCCUGUAAGGGCCCCUGGAGUGGUUCCUGUGUUUGAUGCACACAACCUCUCUGUUGGAAGUGACUAUUACAUCCAGCUGGAAGAGAAAGGCAGUAGCAAUUUGGGACUGGAUUACCCACCUGCACUGCUCACAACUGAAGUGGAUAAUCCAGAAAGGGCUGGAGUUGAGGCACCCCAUCUUACAGCCCUUAAGAACCUUGUGUCUGAGGAACCCAGUACAGAAGAGGAUUUCUUCCAGAGCAGUGCUCACCCCAAAGAAGCCAGCUCUGCCGAGGACUCACAUGUUGCCAGCAUCCCUGGGAGCCCUUUCAACAUAUUUAGUGACCUUGACAAAGCAGAUGACCUGCCCAGUCACCAAAAAAUAUUUGAUCUAAUGGAACUAAAUGGAGUUCAAGCUGACUUUAAGCCAGCCAUCUUGAGUUCAAGCCUGGAUGACCCCAAGGACACCUGCCAGUCUGACAAAGAAAAGCCCCAUACUCUUUUGGACCAGGACCCUCUGUGCUUAUCAGAAAGUCUUUUGCACCAAGAUCACUUUGAUCCAUUGAGUGUCCAAGAAUUGUCAGAAAACUUUUUAUUUCUUCAGGAGAAAAAUCUACUGAAAGGCUCACUGCCUAUUAAGGAGCAGGCGAACGAUCUUCAAACAGAGCUUAAGAAUGCAGGUUUUACCUCAGCACUGUUAGAUUCACCCCAGAGAGGCUCUGUACGUUCUGAACUUGAGUUCCUGGAAAAUACUCUAGACUUUCCUUUGUUGCAGGAAAACACAAGUGGACAGAAUGAAGGUACAGGUGUCAUACUUCAGGAUGGUACCUCACCACAGGCCUCCCCAGAAGUGCAGGUACCUCUGGCCUCACUCACAGAAGGAUCUCCUAAUGGCCCCCCAGACUCAAUUCUAAGGCCAGGAGAAACCAAAUCCUUUAUAGAUGUCAGAGUCCCUGAGAACUCCAUCUGCCUGGAUCUAAGCCUCAACCCCGUGACUGGCCCAGUUGAAAUUCCUGCUCCCGAUGCCAAAACCCUUGAUGGGGGUGAUGGGCCCCCAGAUGUAACUUGCCAAAGCAAGGAGGCCUUGAAUCUAACCAAAAGAGACCCUAUCCUCGUGAAUGAUAUUACUGGUCAGGGUAGCAUGGAGAGUUGUCUUCCAGAAUUGAGACAGGAUUUACAAAAUCAGCCAUUUCCAGAAGACCCUCUUAGUGGCAGCUUACUGGAGAAAAACUCGGAAGCUGUGGACACUUUAAAUCAGCUUAAUUAUAAGGCUGCCCCAAAAGAUACAGCCUUGGCAUCUGCCCUCUCCUCAGACUCCACCAGCCAAGAUAGCCUCUUAGAAGACAGUUUGUCAACACCCAUCCCCACCUCAGAGCAGUCUGUGGAGACACCAGACUCCCUGGAUUCAGUGGAUGUCCAUGAAGUAUUACUUGAGUCCCUAGGUUCUCACACCCCUCAGAAACUCUUGCCCCCCGAUAAGCCCGCAGACAGCGGCUAUGAAACAGAGAACCUGGAGUCUCCUGAGUGGACCCUCCACCCUGCACCUGAGGGCACCGCUAACUCAGACACAGCUGCAGCAGGUGACAGUGGCCACAGCAGUUUGCCUCCCAACCCGGUCAUCGUAAUCUCGGAUGCAGGCGAUGGCCACAGGGGUGCUGAAGGUCCCCCUCAGAGCUUCACACUGGGCACCCAGAGUUCAUAUCGAGACUCUGCAUACUUCUCAGACAAUGACUCAGAGCCAGAUAAAAAGCCUGAGGAGGUCCCAGGAACGUCUACCAAUGCCCUGGUAUUGAUAAAGGGCCAGUCCUCACCUGAGCCAGUUGUCCCAGAAGAAAGCUCUGACCUCAGAGAAGGCUGCCUGGAAGCCCCACAGGACAAGCCAGAUCAAAGUCAGGUGUCUGAUUUGCAGAAUUCUUGUCACUCAAACCUACAAGAAACAUUGCAGCCCACACCAGCUGAUGCUUCCAGAGAGGCAUAUCCUGUGGACGAUGAAGCCAGCAGCCCUUUGAGUUUAUUGAAUUCAGAACUUAGCAGCUGCGAUGACCUAGAGACACAGGAAGAUCGCCCAUGCACCCUGGCCUCCACAGGCACCAACACCAAUGAACUCCUUGCAUACACAAGUUCCACACUGGAUAAAUCUUUGCCCAGCCACUUCGAGGGCCCCAAGCUGAAGGAGCCAGAUAUCGAAGGGAAAUACCUGGGCAAACUGUGUGUGUCUGGGAUGCUGGACCUCUCGGAGGAUGGGAUGGAUGCAGAUGAGGAAGAUGAGAACAGUGACGACUCAGAUGAGGACCUGCGGGCCUUCAACUUGCACAGCCUAAGCUCUGAAUCGGAAGACGACAUGGAGCACCCUGUGCCCAUUAUCGUCAGUAAUGAUGAUGGCAGGCACCUGCGGAGUUUGCUGAAACCCUCAGCUGCUGAGGCCAUUGAGCAGCUGCCAGAUGACUGGAAGAAGGAAAAGAAGGCAGUGACAUUUUUUGAUGAUGUCACCGUUUAUCUGUUUGACCAGGAAACCCCCACCAAAGAGCUGGGGCACUGUGGAGGAGAAGCGCACGGCCCUGGGCCCAGCAGCUCAGCAGCAUCCUCAGGUUCACCCUACCUAGGGAGGUGCAUGAAUUCAGAAAGUUCCACGGAUGAAGAAGGCGGAGGCUUCGAAUGGGAUGAUGACUUCUCCCCAGAUCCUUUCAUGUCGAAAACAACAAGCCUUCUGGGUUCCAAGCCUCCUCUUCAAACCUCCAAAUACUUUUCUCCUCCCCCACCGGCCAGGAGUGCUGAGCAGAGCUGGCCACAUGUGUCCCCCUGCUCCCGGUUCUCCAUCUCUCCUGCCAACAUUGCCAGCUUCUCUCUCACACACCUCACGGAUUCAGACAUUGAACAAGGAGGCAGCAGUGAAGACGGAGACAAGGACUAGGCGGUUGUGGACACUCUUUCCCAGCCAGCAGAUCUCCUGCUUGUCCACCUGAGCAACGACAUUGACUCCAUACUGACUGGCACCAGACAGUGAGCAACUCAGGAGUGAUGGAGAGCCGGGCCACCAUGCCAGGAAGCCAGCUCGUUCUGCAGCGCUCACUCACUUGGGCUGCCCUCGCGCUGGACAUCCUGCUGAGGUGGCCUACUGCCACACUGCUCUGGCACAUGCGUAUUGGAGGACCUGAGCACCUCAGGCCAUGGGUCUGCUUGUGUGUGGAUGUCUGCCUCAGCACACCUGUGUCUCCAGUCUGGUGCCACAGAGGGGCGCACCAGGGCAGUGGUCACUAGUGAGCCAUAUUUAUUGUCUUUAAGGAAAUCACUAAUUGCUCUUUGACUGCACUGUGGGUGAGUGUUCUAAGCUCCCAAUAUAGCAUCCCAAUUCAGCAUCGUGAAUUAUCCAAGGAAAACAUGGCAGGACAAGCUGGUGCCGUCCACUGGUUUGAUUUUCUUUCUUUUUUUCCUUUCUUUUUUUUUUUUUUUUUUUUUUUUUUUUUUUUUUUUUUUUUUUUUUGGUUUUUGGUUUUGGUUUUCUUUGUUGUUGUUUUUUGUUUUUUGUUUUGUUUUGUUUGUCUUCUUGUGUGUUUGCUCUGCAUGGUACUGUAAAGCUUCAAUAUUUUGAGUGUUCUUCUGUCAUCAGACCCAUGGGAACCGUACCCAGGUACCCUCCGAUUCUGGGUGUUAGUGUUUUAUGUUCUCAGAGAACAUAUUUUUGAUGAGGCCAAAACUGUUUGUUGAAACAAACUGGGCUGUUCUGUUUCAUUAAUUGCAUUGAGCAUGUUUCUGUAUAAGGUGGAUUCUCUGGGCAGCUUGCCCUUCCUCUCGUGCUUUUCAAUCCUUUCGGUUAGAAAUCCCAUAAGAGAGGCAUCUGGAAUGCAGUGCCCAGGGUCCUUUUCUGGUGAGAUGAGGCCAUGCACCACUUCCUCUGCACAGAGGCCAGCCUGCAGGAGCUCUGUGUCUCUCAGGCAGGUGGGACCUCUGAGAUGCUGGUCCUCACAGAGCUGCAAGUGAGAAGAGCAGUUAGUCCAUUCUGGGUGCUGCUGAGAGAGCUGUUUGGAAAUGUCUGAGAUGGGUUCUUCCCAUUCCAGGCCAUAGCACCCAGGAUACAGGCUGCACCCUGUAGCUGCAAGGAGCAGGGCAGGGACCCCAGCAGGGCCUCCAGCAGCCCUCAUGGCCUCCCUUCCUGUAUCAAGCACCCAGCUCUCCUCUUGUUCUGAAAGGGAUCUCCCACCUUCAGCAUAGCCUCAGUACAUCAUCAAAGGACUCUGCUGUCCCCAACAAAAGAGUGAGGCCUCACUCUGCUGCCCCGGGAGUUCUGCUCUGACAGGAAGUGUCGGUUGCUGUGCAAUGUGGUGAUGCCAUGCUGAGCGGGGACUGCACCUGCUGGGGUUGGUCUUCUCACUUGGGCUCCUCACCCCAAAUAUUUCCCGGUGCUGCCCCCCGCUGUCCAGACUCCAGUGUGACAAUGGGAUGAGUCUCCAGGCCCUGGCCAGGACAUUGUGCUGUCAAUCAAAGGGACUUGGGCUUUCUGCAGAGUGCAAGUGUGGGUGUCGGCGAGAGUUUCCGUAGUGAAUUAUGACCUUUAUUAUCAAUUCUGAUUUGAUCCAUGAAUUUUUUAUACUAAGCAAUAACUUUACAAUCAACAGAAAUUUGAGAACAGAGAGUCCCCUUUCCCAUACUUGGUGCAGACCUAGCAUGCCUCGACUCCACAGAAAGCACUGGAUCUUGUGACAUGUAUAUUAAAAACAGGGCAUUUGAAAGUAACUUUGCCAAAAUUGUCAUAACUGAAUUUUUGCUGUGUGAACUUUCUGAUUUUUUUUUUAAUUUUUAUCUCUAUCUACCAGUCUUAAUUGAGAAAGGAGACAUAAUUAUAAUAAAGUUUUUUUCUUUUUCAAAUUAGGUUUAAGAAGUUCAGAUUCACUGAUUACGGUCGGGUGGAUCUGUAGAUAUAGCCUCCUUUUGCAGCCAGCCUGGGAUAGACUUACUGACACUUGAGGGCUGGCCAUCUUUCACUAUGUUGAGGGGAUUUUAACAAUACAAUUCCCGUUUAUAUUUAUAUCUAUAUCGCUCUCAUGGUUAAUUGCCAAAACAAAAGCAUUUUAUAUAUUGAGUUGGGGUGGGGGUGGGGUGGAUCUUUCUGUGGGGUCGCAUGGAAGGGAAGAAUUUGUAUAAAACUCGUCAACACAUCCUCCCAAAAUCUCAAGCAAUAUACAGAAAUUUCAGUAGACUAAACUCCAGCCCGUUUUUUAAAUGUGAGCAUGCGCUUUGCCAUCCAAUGUGGGUUUUGUUUUGGUUUAGGUUUUGUUUUUUGUUUUUCAAGACAGGGUUUCUCUGUGGCUGUCCUAGAACUUGCUGUAUAGUCCAGGCUGGCCUCAAACUCAGAGAUCGGCCUGAUCUCGGAGGCCCCCUGAUGCUGCCACCAUACCCAGCUGGUUUUAUUCUUUAAUGAUAACUUGGUUGCCCUUGGUGGGCUUUCCAAACCUGUCACUCAUGUAAGCAGUAAAAGGAGCCGGUGGUACCGGUGGCUGCCAUGCAGUGGGCUCAGUGCUCAUCUUCCACCUACCAGACUGCAAACUGACUUUUAAGUCCUCUAAUAAGAAUAAUGAGUCCUCUGAGUACUUCUUGAUAUCUUCCAUUUGUUUUAAGAUGACCUAAGUCAGAAAAAGGUAGUUCACCCUCCCCGAGAGACUCAGACACUGCCUGGGCCAGAAGCCAUUCAUCGAAAGGUUUUGAUGGCACAGCCUCUGUUCUUUUGUCAGAUGUACAGGCCUGCUUUUAGAGAGUUGGGGUUCUCUGAGGGAGCUGUCUCUCUGCUGUAAAAUGCCUUUUAAAACCUUCUUUCUUUUUCAUACUUCCCAUAGAGCAUUUGUAGAAUUAGUGACCUACUGCAUGCCUGUCCCCAGGGCCAGGAAAAGAGACAGGCAGCCCCUCAGCCUAGCGUUAGGCUCUCUGCGUGCCACGCUUCAGAGCGCCCACCUCAGUAAGAGUGGGCAGACACGGUUAUGUCAAACAUACAUCUCAAUAUUUCUCAAGCAGCAAACGGGGGCACCAGUCUUAGCUUUUAGGAAACUCUGUUUAACUUACACAUAAGUUCUCAAGAUGUGUUGGCAGUAUUGCGUCACCCACAGCCAUCCCAGGGGCUGAACAUAUGGUGUUUGGUUACUGAAGCCUGCACAGGUGAAGCUGGGUCUUGAUGACAGGACUUGUGCAUGCACCCACUGUUUCAUCCUGUCCAUAAGCCAGGGGUCUGGGUGGGGCAGUCACACCCAUGGCCUGCCACCUACCAGGUUGUACUUAACACAAUCAGAAGGGGUUCAUGGCAAUAUAACAGUUAAUGAACUUGGAGUUUAAAUUGUGUACAUUUUUAAAUUGUAAGAUUUUUACUGUAUAUUGAAGCUUAGUGUGAUUCAAUAAAUUGCUUGUAAUUUAAAAACUAUUUAAUAUUCAAAAUAAAUAUAGUUAUAUAUUUAUAAUAA